AUGAAUUUUUUCCUGGAAACCCUGCGAGUCAUCCUGUUGUCCAUCUGGUACAAUGUGGAGUCCUUCAUUUACUGCUUUGUACCCAAGAGACGGAAGAACAUAACUGGUGAGGUAGUUCUAAUCACAGGCUCGGGCAGCGGAAUCGGCCGUCUGAUGGCCCUGGAGUUUGCAAGCCUUAGCACCACUGUGGUAUUGUGGGACAUUAACCAGGAAGGCAUGAAAGAAACUGCCAGAUUGGCCAAGGAGAAAGGAGCCAUUCGAGUUCACUGCUAUCUUUGUGACUGUAGUGACAAAAAUGAAGUUUACAGGGUGGCUGACCAGGUAAAGCGGGAGGUGGGUGAUGUCAGCAUUUUGGUCAAUAAUGCCGGCAUCGUGACUGGAAAAAAGUUCAUGGAUGCUCCCGAUUCCCUUAUUGAAAAGACGAUGGAAGUCAACACAAUGGCACACUUCUGGACUUACAAGGCCUUCCUUCCUGCCAUGAUUGCAAACAAUCAUGGCCAUCUCGUCAGCAUUGCCAGCUCUGCGGGACUCAUAGGUGUCAAUGGAUUGGCAGACUACUGCGCCAGCAAGUUCGGAGCCGUCGGCUUUGCAGAAUCUGUGGGACUGGAACUCCUCGCCACUGGCAAAGACGGCAUCAAAACCACCAUUGUUUGUCCGUACUUCAUUAAUACCGGAAUGUUCGACGGAUGUCAAACUAAAUGGCCCCGACUGCUCCCGAUCCUCGACCCAAAUUACGUCGCAAAGAAGAUCAUCCACGCUGUACUCACGGACGAAGUCUUUCUUCUGUUGCCCAAGAGCAUGUACUACAUCGCUGCGCUCAAGAAUAUCCUCCCCAUGAAGCAAGGCAUUCUGCUUGGUCACUACUUGGGAGCCUUUAAUCUGAUGGAUACAUUUCAGGGAAGAAACAGAAAACGGGAUUAA